CGGGGGACUCCAACGGAGUCACAUCCUGUCAAACCAUGUCCCGUCUUUACCUCACCGACGGAACCGGACUCUGGCUGAGUAUUAAAAGGCCGGGUGAAGAGACUCAAGAGUACACCUCACUCUUCACUUCAUUGCCUCGACACUACACUUGACAUCUCCCAACAAUGUCUGGAACACCAUUGUUGAGCUCUAUCCAGGAGACGGUCCUCGAGCUCGACCCAUCUGCAAAGGCCGCGCUCGCUGUAGGCGCUGCGACCAUGGCUGGGUAUACUAUCUACAAGAAAGUGUCCGGACCAGACCUCUCACACAUCCCCGCCAUAGGCGACUCCGGAUGGCUCUCGCCGUAUGCAGGCGCGCGCGAAUUCCAGGAGCGCGCUAGGGAGAUGGUACAGGAGGGCGUCGACAAGUAUCCCGGGCGCGCCUUCCGCGUCCCUCUCAUGGACAGCUGGAUAGUCGUCAUCAGCGGUCGCAACCUCGUCGACGAGUUGCGCGCGGCGCGGGAAGACGAGCUGUCAUUUAGACAAGCGGCGGAAAGGAUCUUCCAGAUGAAGUACACCUUCGGGCUCAAUCUUGACCACCACGACUCGCAGCUCCGUGUCGUACAGGGCGACGUUACGCGCAAUAUUGGGAACUGCUUCGGGGAGAUCUACGAUGAAAUCGAGGCGGCCUUUGGGGAUGUCAUUGCCUUUAAGGGUGGCCAAGAAUGGUGCACCGUCAAUGCUCACGACGCUGUGAUGACUCUCGUGAAUCGUGUCGGGAACCGAUACUUUGUCGGAUUGCCUCUCUGCCGGCACGAGGGUUUCCUCAACGCCAACAUGCAAUUUGCGCAUGGUGUCAUGCAAGCGGCCGGUAUCCUUCACAAAUUCCCUUCCUUCGUCCGCCCUCUGCUCGGAAAAUACCUCUCUCCCUACCGUGCCAUCCGCCACGACCUCCUCCAGCAUAUCGGUGCCGUCGUCGCGCAGCGCAUCCGCGAUGACGACGAACUCGGCACGGACAGGCUAAAUAGGCCCAACGAUCUUAUCUCGUGGGUCCUCAGCUACCUCCCGCCUGAGCUCCGCAACGUCGACGAGAUGGUCCUGCGUAUCAUGCAUAUCAACUUUGGAGCCCUCCACACGUCGACCUCCAUAUUCACCUACGCGCUCCUCCACCUCGCCGCCGAGCCGCAUCUCUAUCUCGAGCCGCUUCGCGAAGAGGCCGAGGAGGUGAUCGGCCGCCACGGCUGGGGCAAGACCGCGAUGCGGGAGAUGCACAAGAUCGACAGCUUCCUUCGCGAAGCGGGAAGGUUCAAUGGGCUGGGAUGCCUCUCCCUCGAUCGCGUCGUCACGAAGAAGGGCGGCUACACGUUCGCCGAUGGGACCUUCGUCCCGGAGGGCGUACGCAUCUCCGUCGCGAGCCACGCGACGCAUCGGGAUGAGGACAGCUACCCCAACGCGCACACCUUCGACGGGUUCCGCUACUCGCGCCUGCGCGAGAGCGACCCAACGAAGUACCAAAUGGUCAAGACCGACUGCGACUACCUCCUCUUCGGCCACGGGUUCCAUGCAUGUCCCGGGCGCUUCUUCGCCGCGAACGAGCUCAAGGCCAUGCUCGCGCACAUCGUCCUGAACUAUGACGUUCAGCUCGAAGGCGGCUCGCGCGUCAAGCCGGAGAACGAGUGGUUCAGGGAUCUUCAAUCGCCGAAUCACUCGGCGCGAGUUAUGUUCAGGAAGCGCUCACUUGGAUAGUACGAUACAUCGGGCUGCUUUAGUGCCUCCUACAGCAGACGGUUCACUAGUAUCUGUUCGAGAGGGCAGGGCGCUGGAUGGUCAUGUUACAGGCCUUGAUUAGGCACGAGAUGCUUGCUAAUAUGGCGAAUAUAGCACCUGCACUCGUCCUGGUCUG